UCCACCUACAGCACUUUGCUCUGUUCAGGGAAGCGAAAAGUACCAUCAUGGCCUGCAUUUAUGGAGACAUAACAAAGAUUGACACAACUGGGGCGUCAGAAAAAACAGCUAAGCAGGACAAACUUGAUAUAAAAGGAGUGGAAGCAUCGUUCAAACUGGCUGAGCAUGAUCUGAAAAAGAUGGACCAGUAUAAGAGCAUCAUCAUUAAAGUCGGCAGAGCGAAGCAGAUGGACCCAGCUGUCAUCGCAGGCAUCAUAUCCAGAGAGUCGAGGGCUGGGGCAGUGCUUGUGAAAGGCUGGGGAGACCAUGGCAACGGCUUUGGUCUCAUGCAGGUUGACAAGCGCCAUCACACUCCAAGGGGAGACUGGAACGGCGAGGAACAUGUCACCCAAGGCACUGAAAUUCUAAUAGAACUCAUAAAGAAAAUUCAAAACAAUUUCCCCAGCUGGUCCAAGGAGCACCAAUUUAAAGGAGGAAUCUCGGCCUACAACGCUGGCUCAGGAAACGUCCGCACAUAUGAGCGCAUGGACAUCGGUACCACAGGAGACGAUUACGGCAAUGACGUUGUGGCCCGGGCUCAGUGGUUUAAACGCCACGGAUACGUCAUUUGAUCACUGAUGGUUUAAAAGCACACAUGUAAUGAGCAUCUUUCAUAGCAACUCUAC